AUGUCCCGCGCCUCCAAGCUCACCCUCCUCGGCACCUCCGCCUUUGCGCUCGGCACCGUCUUCUUUGUGCAUUGGCAGCAGAAAUCUGAGAAGGAGGCAAUGCACGCCGGCGUAAUCCGCGACAUGGAACAACAACGAAUCAAGCGCGAGCGCCAGCUCGACUUCGACAUGCAGCGCGAGCUCGAGGCCGAGUACAAGAAGCUCCAGAGUGUGCGCGAUGUCACAGAUGAGAUGGACGCCCCCGUACCGACACCCUCCUCAAAACCCAGUGUCAGUGCCGCCCUGGCGCAAGGGCUGCCGAAGGCGACUGCGGUACCUAGUAUACCUGUUGGAGGGGCGAUUGGGACGGGGACGGGGGAGAAAUGA